UUGGCUGCUUUUCUUUCCUCUGGCUCUGCUCUAAUCCUUCCCCUCUUCUACUAUCUUGCUGUUUCCCUCUGUUGUUCUAUUCCAUCCACUAAUCCAUCCACUACUCCCAUCAGAGCCUUCAACGCCCCCAACGCUUCAAACAACUCGUGCUUGCGUGUCUUCUCAAUUGAUCGACCUAUCUUCCCAACAAGAGAAAGUACCCCGUUCCUACUAUACCUAGCUAUAGCAGUGCCCUUCACUAAACCAUCCACACUCCUUAGAUCAAUCCAGGCCCACUGCAUCCCCUUGACCUAGAAACCCUUGGACAGCUAAAAAUAGAAACCAGAACUUGACCCACAGUAAAAAAAGACAAAAAGCCAAAAAAAACAAACAUAGACACUUCAGAUAAACACUACCUCACCUAUUUAUUACUCUUCAUUAUACAAGGAUCUCAAUCUCUAAGCUCUCAAUUCAUCCAAGCUUCCGAGUAUGGCCGCCACAACGUUCGACACUACCACCAAUCUCAACAACAACUUGUCCCACCUAUCCAAUGACUUCAAGUCGUCUCUGGAUAACUACCUCCAGUACCAAAAGGGCUUGGCUCUGUUGAACAACAGAUAUUCGUUUGUCAGCAACCUACAGACAGGCUCUUUUGGGAAGGUGACAUGCGCACUGGACGUUAAGCUGGAUCAGAAGGUCGCCAUCAAGGCUCUCAAAAAGUCUGUCUCCGGUGUUUCUUUGAUGGCAAACCAUGAAGUCUCGAUUAUGAGAUCUUUAGGGUACCACAGGAACAUCACCCAGUUGAUUGAUUUUUUUGAAACCAAGAAGUAUUAUGUCCUGGUGCUGGAAUUUGCCGAUUCAGGUGAUUUAUAUGAUGCAAUCCACAAUAAGACUAAUCUGGGCAUCAAUUUCCAAACAAAUCACUUGGCAUUCGCAGAUUUGUGCAGCCAACUCUACGAAGUGAUUUCGUAUGCUCACUCAAAGGGUGUUUACCACAGGGAUAUCAAGCCAGAAAACAUUUUGUUGAUGAAUGACGGUACCAUCAAGUUGUGUGACUGGGGCUUGUCCACUAAAAUCUUGAAGAGCAACGAUUACAAUGUUGGUACAGAGAAGUACAUGGCGCCAGAAGCUUUGGCCAAAUCGGACCCAAACGACUACUAUCUUUCUGACCUGGUUGAUGUUUAUUCCAUUGGUAUCACCCUCUUGUUCACGUUGUUCAACAAGUGUCCCUUCAGAAAAGCUCUGAAUGCAGACCCAAACUAUUCAAGCUUUUUGAAAUCAAAGUCCUUUAUUUAUGACUUCUUUACUAGUAUCAACUCGGUAAGUUUCAGAGGUAUUGUCGAUUUAUUGAUGAUUGAAAGAGACUUGAAUGGCUUAAAGUUUUUGGUUGAAAAUGGAAUGAAGAAUGGCUUCACCAUCGAUCAAGAAUAUUCAAUCAGCUUUUCCAAGCAACAAAAUAACUACAUCAAUUCUAUCGUCGACUCGUUCAACGAUACCAAGAUUGAAAAUGAAUCAAACGAGAAUGAGGUUUUCUUAUUUGACGACUAUGACACUUUGAAUGAGGAUGAUUUCAUUAAUGAACACGUCUUGAAUGAGUGUAACAUCAAUGAGUUAAACUCAGGCUCCAAAUCAAACUCCAACUACGUUCACAGUUCGAACGUCAACCCAAUUUCAAUCCCUAUCCCAAAGUUCACCUCCAAUACAUCUUCAAAUAUUGCUGGCUCAAUGAUGAAUUCAAGCUCGACUUAUAACCCAUCUUCAUUAUUUGAUUCAAAUGUUCAAAACCACAAUUCUUUUAUCAACUCUUUUGAAAUGACAAAUGAUGCAUGGUCUGAACAGAUCUCAGAUUUAAGAUUUAAGUUCCAAUAAUGGAGUGAAUUUUAGUAUCAAGUAUCAGGGAAUGCACAAACUCUUUUUUGUUUUAUGAGAAAUCAAAUUUAUCCAAACACAGUUAUCAAUUAAUUAAUAUUUUAUUCAUAUCAAUAAAAAAGAAAAACAAAAGACCAAUAAAUUAAAUUUUCUCCGAAAACUUAUCUCAUUGCUGCCUUUUAUCAGUUAACUCUUUACUCAGGAUUUUUGUUUUUAACUUUAUUUCUUUCUUUCUUGCUUCUCCCAUUGGACUCUUUGCAUUUCUGUCUUUUAUAAUCGCUUGUUUUUUUUGUUCUUGUUUUGGUGGUGUUUUUUUGUGGAGGUGCCCGGGUGACGUUUAUUUACUAAAUUUUUAUAAUCAAAUUUUUCUAUUUUUCUAUUUAUUUAUUUAUUCUUUUUUAGUUUCUUAUUGAAUAAUAUAC